CAGUAGUAUCUUCCUACACCUCACCUGAAACUUCAUCUUCUGACAUCAUGUGUUGCAACUACUAUGGAAACUGCUGUGGAGGCCGUGGCUAUCGCCAUGGCUGUGGAUAUGGCUCUGGCUAUGGUUAUGGCUGUGGAUUCAGCUCUGGUUGUGGCUCCAAGAAUGGCUCUGGCUCUGGCUCUGGCUGCAGAUACAGCUCUGGCUGUGGCUAUGGCUGUCGAUACAGCUCUGGCUGUGGCUAUGGCUGUCGAUACAGCUCUGGCUGUGGAUACAACACCGGCUGUGGAUUUAGGACUGGACAUGGAUAUGGUUGUGGAUACAGCUCCUGCUGUGGCUGUGGCUGUGGCUCCAGUGGCCAUGGCUACAGACCAUCUUGCUACAGGAGAUGCUGUACCUCUUGCUGCUAAUCAUCAUGAAGAAUUAUCCUUUGCCUUUCAAACGACCACCCCAAUGCCAAGUACAAUUGAUAUCCCCCCACAUUUAUAACAAAGUAGGUUGAUUACAUUAUUCCAGACACCUGAAUUAGUGUCAAAAUAUCUGUUUGCUCUUGAUUUGGACUGAGGAGUUUCUCAAAUCAUUGAAGAUUUAUUUGAUCAUUUUAAAAUGUAAAUUUUAUAUCUGUGUCUCUGUUCUGUAGUUAUCUAUAGAAACAUAGCAUAAUUAUGUAAUUGUUUCAGUCUUUUAAUAAAAGACAAUAUUUGCUUUGAA